GAGUAAUCAUACCCACCCGCCCCCUAUAAGGGUAGGUAUUGCCCAAUUUAAACCAGGUCAAAUACACCGAAUAAUAUGGGCUAGGUCAAAAUUGUCAUUCCUAUUUCAUGAGAUUUUUGUAAUGGCUUAUGAAAGAAUUUUAAAUGCGCAUUAUCGAAAAUACCAUCUUUUACAUGAAACUUAUAUAUGUAACUUACUUAAUUAUAAGGGUUAUAUGAUAGCAAAAUAAUGGGGUCAUUUAGGCAUGGAAGUACUAGGGACGGAGCCAGGAUUUUUAAGUAGGGGGGCCAAAUUUUUUUCCAAUACACAUGUAUGAGAUUUACAUAUCACAUUUAAACCAACAAAAAAAAAUUAUAUAGAAUCCACUUAAAAUUUCGCCAAAAAUUUGAAAAAAUCAUAUAUCCAUACUUAUGAAAUCCUUUAUAAAAAAUCAUGUCUUUCAUAGUCUCCUAUACUUACCAAUAUGAUAAUUCAAAAAAAAAAUUCUCAUAAACAAAUUCAAAUUGUAAAUUAGAUCUAACCGUAAACUAUAGUGAUCAAGAUUUGACUAUCUAUCAAUAUAAAACAUGAUAUAUUUUUAAAGAAAUUAACUUACAAAGAGAGAGGAGAUAAUCAACAUUGAACAAGUGAUUUGAAAGGAAGAAAAUUUAGAUAAAAAUGUAAGAAGGCUGAUAAUAAGCAAAAACUUGAGAAAAAUGGUGGAUUCGGCCUUCGAACUCUUCAUCUUUCUCUAAAUGCUGAGAGUAAAUUAACUCUCCAACCACUACACUACCAUAACUUUUUGUGCUCCAUAAUCACGUUUUAUCCAAUUUCGCAAGUUUAGAGGGGGACGGGGGCAUGACCCCCCCCCCCCUUCAUACAAGCUAGCUCCGUCCCUGGAGAGUACAAAAAGACGUGUUACAAUUAUAAAGUGGAGGACAAGUAAUAUUGCAUGGGUGGACGGUUUUGGACAUAUGUAAUUAUACUAUUGAUUGAAUAGGGAAUCUCAAUCUAACUUCAUGUUGUGAAAGAAAAAGUUGAACCCGACUUUGUAAUUUUGAAGUGCACAUGACUAAGAUUUUUUUUUUUUAAAGUUGCAUGAUGUUGAGAAACUAUUCCAAAAUAGUGAUUGAAGAAGUAACCCACCUUUUUUUUCUCUAAAAAUUGAGCUAAUAUAUUGAAAAUCACAUAAAUGACAAGGAAAAAUUACAAAUCUCAUGAGUAAAUUCAUAGUUUGAAAGAUAAUCAAAGAUGGAAAGUUCACAUCUCCAACAAUUAUUGCAAACGACUUGGAUAAGGUAAACUAUUUUGCAUGAUAAUGAUGUUUCAUAUUUACAUUAGUUUUGCCUUCAAAUUUGUUAGCAAUGAAUAAGGAGAAUAACAAAGGCCCUAGUGAUGGUGGGGGCAGUGGAGUCACUGAUACAUAUAACGAUGUUGUUAAGAAGAAGGAAGAUACAUUUGAGAGUGGUGAUAGUAGAAUCGAUGAUGAAUAUAUUUAUGUUGUUAAUGGUUGAAACAAUUACUAUCUAUUGUUUAUACCAUUGAUGAAAUGUAUCCGGCCAGCUGGGUUCUGUAACUAGUCUCUAAAAUAUAAGAAGCAGAUUCAGAACACUGCCACGUAGGGAUUGGUUAUGUGGAAGGUGGUCAGCUUAUUCCAAUUGAGUCAACUCUUCCGUUCUUCCUUCCCCUGCCGCCAUGCGACCGCCAAUUUCACCUGACCUAAUUUCCUUCACUAUGGUGAUGUCGAUCCCAAUUCCUUCACUAUGCCCCUCAAAGAAGAACAUGGCUCUCUUCCUUCUCCUCACUCAGUAUAGAAAAUGCUGGCGAAUAGUUCUCUUCUUCCGUUUGACUGCCGAUGGAUUCGACUCCUCAUCAGGGCCCGGAAACUCCCAUUUCGUGAUGCGGCCAUCCCAUGAGCUGACAAGAAUCGGGUAGCCAGGGUGGCAGCUAACAUCCAUUACAGGUCCUUCAUGAAGACCACCUGGAAGUUGAGUUCCUUACCGUUAUUCCAUCUCCACCUCACGUCCCCGUAAAACCCGUCCAAGUUAUCGAAUGCAACCCCCUCUCCCACUCAAAAGAUGUUGUUGGUCGUGUCUACGUGGACAUUUUUCUCACUACAUCAACUUUCAGAUUCGUAAUAUAUAUGCCCCAUGUCAUUAGAAUCACUUCACAGAGCGUAUUGCAAUUCUCAAAUUCUCCAUUCUUCAAUUUUCCCAGGUUCUUAGCCUUCUAAGCCUUUUUUUAAAAUUGUGUAUCAGCAUCGGCAAGAUAAUUUAAUUCUUCAGUACUUUAAUUAUCUAUCACAUGUACGUUGGCCUUUUGCAAGAUGGAAGUCAGCAGAAUGCGAGACCUGGAUUUGGAGAAGCAAUUAUGGUCAAGCCAUUUGUCGUGUUUCUAGGUUGUGGCCGGGAGUGAAUGUUACGAUAGACAAAGUACUCCAUUUGGACUUGAUCCUCAUGGAUUCAAAAGUAAUCUUGUUUUGUACAGCGAACCAAAUUCCAUAUUUUAACAAUGAAGUGGCCUCGUUCUAAUUUUUGUUUUAUGACACCCAGGGCAGUGACAUAUGGGUUCUUAUUCCUACGGUGCUGCAAAAUAAGUUCAAGCAACUGCUGAAGCAACACCAUGUUUACAUAAUCAAGGACUUUGAUAUCAAAGCAACCGGAUUGACACACCGACUGAUUGCCAACGCAUAUGUAAUGUCUUUUACUCGGAACACGACUGUUCAACACAUCCCUGACAUCCCCUGCAUUCCUACUUUCAAGUUCACUUUCACGAAAGCAAGUGAUAUUACAUCUAAGAAAGAGAAAAAAAAUCCUCUCAGGUUAAUCCUUCACCCCAUUCUGUUUUUGCCUUCACCCCAGUCUGUUUUUGCUGGUACUGACCCCUACAUUGCAACUCAUGUCACGUAUUUAUUUCGUAGAUGUUGUUGGUGAAUUAGUUCAACAUUCAAACGUCAUUAGCUCAACAUUCAAACGUCAUCAAAACAAGCAAUAUUACCCGGAGGACCAUUCGAAAGGAGCAGCAAAUGAAGCUAAUUGAGUAAGUUUCUAUUUAUCUUUUUAGUUUUCAGUCUAGAGAACCACAGUAGCUAGAUUAGACAUUGUCAAAGUGGUGGUUAUAUGUGGACUUAUUUAUUUCAACUGCCACUGGGGGACAUGUUUUCAGUAUCCAGCAUUCUAAAUAGGCUUUUCAUUCUUCAGUAUUCAGUUUACCUUUUAGUUUUCAUAACACACGGACUUCUGUAUAUUAUGUGCCUGUAGGGGAGAUGUUGUCAAAGUAACCAUAUGGGGAAGAGUUAUUGAACAGUUAGAUAAGAUAGUUGAUUAAGCUGGAGAUAGACAGAUUAUACUGGUUGUAACUGUUGUUACUGUGCAUGAAUACAAAGGUAAAUUUAGCAUUAGUUAGCUGCCAUUGUGUCAUAUUUUAUGGAUGAAGAGAAAAACCUGACGUUGUUUACAUUUACACAGAGGAACUAUCAUUUUCUUCUUCCGGGUCUACAGUUUUGUAUGAUACUCCUGAUGUCCAUGCAGUAACUGCUUUCACCACUAGGUAUUUAUUGGUGACUUCGUUCAAAUCUAGGCUCCUAACCUAUUUUGCCACCUAUUGAUUUGAUGACUAAAGAUUUUCCAACGCA